ACGGUAGGACGGCACGCGCGGUUUCCUGAGAGCAGACGAUGCGGAAAUAAAUUAAAUAAAAAAAUAACAAUGAUAACGGCAAAAAGUAUGAUCGGAAGGCCUACGUAUUAUGCACCAAAUUACGUUAAUGUCUGGUUUGCAAGAGACAGUUGUUCACAGUUUAAAUUUAACGAGGUGAAACUGCCGAAGGUAGUGAGAACUGGGUCUAAAGAUCAAAUGCAGGAAGUUGAUCCUGACACCAGCAUGAAAAGGCCACUAGUUAUGAAUAUCAAUGGUAGUUCAGAUAGUCAGCCAUGUACCUUUUCUGUCAAGUCGCCCAGAAAUGCUGAUUCCAUUAAGGUUGAUCUUGAUACUUACCUUGGCCCAAAAAGCAAGCAAGCAACUUCAAACCGCAGAAAGAAGCAUAAGAAACAGGAAAAAUGGACACAGUCAGUGACAGAAAAUCUAAACUUUGGUACAUCGCUGUCUACAGCUGCCAAGCAGUUCAAAUCCAAAACAGUUGAAGAUGCCCUAGAAGUUAUAGAAAACAGGAAGAAGAGUAUAAAAGCUAAACUGUUGGUUAGAAAGGAACACCUUCUUACGCAGGAGGAGGAACAAGACAUUCACACAAGAGCCGAUCUAUAUGCCAUCACCACCAUCCCUGAUACAAAGUACUGUAUCCUACCAUCAGAGGACUCUGUACCUCAUGCUGUUCUUAGAUACGAAGAAUUCCAAGAAGAUGUGUACGCUCCUGCUCGAAAAAAGAGGAGACGUAACUAUGGCAAUACAAACUGUUAUGUUACCCAUCACAAUGAUGAAGACAUCUUUGACAACACUAAAAUGUUACCAAUAGGCACAAGACUUGUGAAACCACCAACAAAACUUGUUGAAUUGGUUGCUCUAGCAAUUAGUGGCAGCCCAGAUGGCCUUUUACAAGUUCAACAGAUUUACACCUUCCUGCAAAACAAGUACCCAUUUUUCAGAUACAUGGACAGAGUAGCUAUCAACAGCUGGAGGAGUUCCAUAAGACAUGCCCUGUACCAGAAAUGGUUCAGAAAGAUUCGCUUCGACUCAAGUUUUAUCAGUAGUAAAGGUUGUUACUGGGCAAUCAACAAUAAAAGUAAUCCAAAAGAAUGGUCGCUGCCAGACAAUAAAUCGAGUACUGAUCCAGUGGAGAAAAAUCUUUGCAUAGAAACACUACACUAUAUCAGUGAUGAACAAGAAACACAGGAAAUAGCUGCAAUUGCCAGGCAACUGCUCUCCACAGACGAAUGUCCAAGUGACCUAAAUGUUGGUUUAGAUUGUCCUGAACAGCAAGUGCCUUCUCCAGACCCCCAGCAUAAUGUACCAUCUCCUGUGAAAGAACCUGACCCAAUCCUGUCAACAUGUACCACAGACUGGAAUAAUGAAGAUAUUUGCAUUUCAAGUAAUGAAUCUGGUCAUGGUACGAUGACACCUGUUAACAGUCCUUCGUUCCAAACUGUUCUAUACCUGACACAGGAGAACACAGACUGUGAUAUCCGGACUGAUUUGAUACUCGGAACCCCAUUAAACACUCCACCAAAUACAACUACUGAUUUAAUGUCAAUGAAAGAACUGUAUUCACCUAAGUCAAAAGCUGUUGUGUUGCCGUGUCAAAAAUUAUCCAGGACAGACAUUUCACCAAUGGUAAACUGGACACCAGAUUGGGAGGAAUAUGGUUCCUAUAUUAUUUCUCCACAAAAUGUCGCCACCCAGAAGUAUGUUCAGAAUUUACCUGGGGAGGAUACCAAUACUGACAAAAAUAAUGCUAAAAGCAGCGAGGAAAAUACUAAAUGGCUUGAACUUCAAACCAUGUGUAGCUUGUUAGAUUCUGAUAGUGAGGCAAGUUCACCUGCUUUAAACUGUAGCUGUGGGAGUGAUUCAGAGUCCUGUGAAUUUGAAAUAAUUGCAGAAUUCCCAAUAUCAGACUUCUCUUCCCCAGAUUUGGGGCUUGGAAUUUGUUCUUGACUUCCCAAAGAAAAUCUUACUGUAAUUUACGCGGAAUAAUAAAGAAGUGUCCUGUAAGCAGAUCAAUCAAAGGCUUAGGAACAUCAGUAUGCAGAUCUGGACCAUACAACUGAAACAUGGAUGCCAAAAUUUCAUUUGUGAUGUUCUAUAAUAUACCUGUUUGUAUGAACAAAAUGUAUUACAGGUAAUGCUUGGUUAAACCAUGACAGUUCAUUGUGUGUCAUAAUGCUCUAGGACUCAUGUUGCUUUAUGAGCUAAGUACUGAAACAUUUCAGCUUUGAACUUAGCAUCUAUGUUUUGACCUACAGUAUGAAUAAUAGCAAGUUUUUUUGGUUUUUAGCUCACCUGUCACAAAGUGACAAGGUGAGCUUUUGUGAUCGCGCGGUGUCUGUCGUCCGCCCGUCCGUGCGUGAGUCCGUAAACUUUUGCUUGUGACCACUCUAGAGGUCACAUUUUUCAUGGGAUCUUUAUGAAAGUUGGUCAGAAUGUUCAUCUUGAAGAUAUCUAGGUCAAGUUUGAAACUGGGUCACAUGCCAUCAGAAACUAGGACAGUAGGUCUAAAAAUAGAAAAACCUUGUGACCUCUCUUGAGGUCAUAUAUUUCACAAGAUCUUCAUGAAAAUUGGUCAGAAUGUUCACCUUGAUGAUAUCUAGGUCAAGUUCGAAACUGGGUCACGUGCCAUUAAAAACUAGGUCAGUAGGUCUAAAAAUAGAAAAACCUUGUGACCUCUCUAGAGGCUAUAUAUUUCACAAGGUCUUUAUGAAAAUUGGUUAAAACGUUCACCUUGAUGAUAUCUAGGUCAAGUUCGAAACUGGGUCUCGUGCCAUCAAAAACUAGGUCAGUAGGUCAAAUAAUAGAACAAGAGGACCAUGAUGGUCCUGAAUCGCUCACCUCUUCUCACAUGACCCAGUUUUGAGUAUGACGUCGUUUUUUCUAUUAUUUGACAUAGUGACCUAGUUUUUCAGCUCAUGUGACCCAGUUUUCAACUUGACCUAGAUAUUAUCAAGAUAAACAUUCUGGCCAAUUUUCAUGAAGAUCCAUUGAAAAAUAUGGUCUCUAGAGAGGUCACAAGGUUUUUCUAUUAUUUGACCUAUUGACCUAGUUUUCGAAGGUACGUGACCCUGUUUUGACCUUUACCUAGAUAUCAUCAAGGUGAACAUUCUCACUAAUUUUCAUGAAGAUCUCAUGAAAAAU